AUGUCCAACGAAGAUGAAGAAGCUUUUAAGAAGGCCGAAAUGUGCGAAAUGUGCAACCAAAAAUUUCCCACACAUCAACAAAAGCACAGACACCACGACCAUACUAAAGAUCGGAUGAACUACAUUGGUGCUUAUUGCGCUCGCUGUAACCUCCAGAUGAAAAAUCAUCGCACAGCUAUCCCCUGUCUGGCUCAUAAUCACUCUUACGACCUCGGACUGAUUCUGAAAGAAAUGCAAGUUAACACAAAAAUCAAAAUUCUUACGAAGCAAGGGCUUCGAUAUCACUCUGUGGAACUAAACAACCUGAAAUUCCUCGAUAGCUUAGCUUUUAUGAACGCAAGCCUAAGCUCUCUCGCCAAAACUCAUAUUGAAAGCAGCCGCUCACUCAGGUAUUCCAAGCAUAUCUUACGUCAUUUGCCAGACGAAGCUCAGUCGCUGCUUCUAACGGGAAAGGGUGAGACGGUUACGGAGGAGGAGUAUGCUCAUGCACUAAAAGUCUGGAAUGCAGCCGGGUGUCGUACUUUAGGUGAUUAUUUAGAGUGCUACCUGAGGACUGAUGUGGGUUUGCUAGCCGAUGUGAUUACAGAGUGGAGGUCUAUGCUUGCUGAAAAGUACGAUCUGGAUAUAGUUAACUAUGUCAGUCUUCCCGGAUAUGCAUACGAUGCAUUCCUAAAAAUGACAAAAACAAACCUUGAGCUUAUAUCCGAUCCAGAAUUAGCCCGCAAAAUUGAGCAAUCUGUGAGAGGGGGACUGACAACAUGUGUUCGCCCUCUCACGGUAGCAAAGAACUCCCUUGUUAAUCCGCACCAUGACCCACAAAAGGAAAGUAGCACCUACAUACUCUACCUUGAUUUCAACAGCUUGUAUGCCACGGUAAUGUCUGAGAAAUUACCAUACGGCAAUAUCCGGAAAUUACCGCCCUCAUCGCAGAACAGGCGUUUACCACGCAAAAACCAAAAGCUUGUGGCUUCACAUCUUCCGCAGAAGGACCACCUCAUUUUACUGAAACAUUUGCAGCUUUUAAUUGACUUGGGGGUGGAGGUGGAGCGAGUAAGCGAUGUGUACGAAUUCUCCCAACGUGAAUUUUUAUCGCCUUUUAUUCACGAAAAUAUUAAGGCGCGCAGGGAAGCCACCGAUAAAGCACAACAGUUGUGCUUCAAGACGCUUUCAAACAGUGUCUUUGGGCGGUGUUUAAUGAACCCUCUAAAAAGACUAGAACGUGCUAGCAUGGUGUGCAAUGCUUCUUCUUUUCUCAAAAAGAUUCGAAGCCCAUUCUUCAAAAGAUUCAUCCCCUUAGCUCCUAACAGAGUGAUAACCAUUUCAAGGGCAAAAACUGUUAGUAUGGCUUAUCCGCAGUAUGUUGGAUUUACCAUCUUGGAGCUGGCUAAAUUGAAAUUGUAUAACUUUUAUUAUAAAGUUUUAAAGACUCAUUACGGAGAUCGUGUGCAGCUCUGUUACUCCGACAGCUAUAUCCUCUCUGUGGAGACAGAUGACAUUUAUAAAGAAUUGUCCUUAUCUCCUUUGAAAGAGUGGAUAGACACUUCUAAUUUUAGCCAUGACCAUCCAUUAUACAACCAGUCUGUCAAGGGCAAACUUGGAUUAUUAAAAUCUGAAACAGGGGAGAUUCCGAUAAAAGAGGCAAUUUGCCUAAAGCCCAAGACUUAUUCCUUGCUCCUAAAUAGCGAUCAAACAUCCGCGGGUGCAAAGGGAAUUUGUCGGGCUGAGAAGAGGAGGCUAAAACACGACAAUUUCCGUCGCAUUCUUCAUGAAAAAGAAGUGCAUUUCUUUAAACAGAGAGAUCUCGGACAGUUAGAAUGCCUCGGUAGGCAGUUAUAUGGCAAGAGUGAAGCUAAGCGGUUUUUGGAGUUAUAUAAAAAGGUUGUUCUCUCGAAAUCUCGCGGUUAUUUACUCAUAGACCUCGGUUGUGAAACUCCAGAUAAACUGCAGUUUCGCAGUAAUAUCCUCUGUGAAUAUUUUCCACAUCAGCUUGUCUACCAAUGGUGA